AGCAUCGAGUGCAUGGCGACCAGUUUAUAAAAUAAUAAUGCAAUGUCAUUAUUAAUGCAAUUUGUGUAGUAUAAACACUAAAUGCACUUUAUUAUUAUAAUUUUAAUAUAAUUAAAGAAAUUAUAUCAUACAUUUGUCAAAAUAAGUAAUUGACAGCCCUGCUUCUCGUUGGUUGCAAACAUGUCAGUUCUGGCUGUUUAUUUGCGGAGAACGAGGCAGAAACUGGUGUUAUGCAGAGAGGUGGGUCGCCAGUAUCCUGUCUUCUGCUUCCUGCUGGUCCUAUUGCUUCUGUCCACUGUCCUGCUGAACAGGUAUCUUCACAUUAUCAUAGUUUUCUGGUCAUUCCUAGCGGGAGUGGUUACCUUCUACUGCUCUUUAGGGCCAGAGACUCUACUUCCCAAUAUACUUAUAACAAUAAAACCAAAGAAAAAGCCAGACCAUCAGGAAUUGUUUCCUUUAGCUCAGAGCUGUGCUGUCUGUGGGAAAGUUAAAUGCAAAAGACACAGGCCAACACUGCUUCUUGAAAAUUAUCAACCAUGGAUAGAUCUAAAUGUGCACUCCAAAGUGGACACGUCUCUUUCAGAGAUUCUUGAGCUCGUUUUGGAAAACUUCAUAUAUCCCUGGUACAGGGAUUUAACAGAUGACGAAGCAUUUGUGGAUGAACUCAGAGUGACUUUGCGCUAUGCAGUAGCUGUGUUGGUCCGCCGUGCACAGAGAGUUAAUAUUCCAUCUUUAAUCACACUCAAACUGCUUAAAGUUGCCAUGAAACACAUUGAAAUUAUUGCUAAAGCAAGACAAAAAGUGAAAAGUUCAGAGCAUUUGCAGCAGGCGGCAUUAGAUGAGUUUGGUCCUGAUCUGCAUAUGGCUUUACGCAGCAGGAGGGAUGAGCUGCUUUACCUGCGCAAGCUCACUGAGAUGCUCUUCCCUUAUAUUUUGCCUCCAAAAGCUACUGACUGCAGAUCUCUCACUCUUCUGAUAAGAGAGGUUCUUGCUGGCUCUGUUUUCCUUCCCUCCAUGGAUUACUUGGCUGAUCCUGAUACCGUGAAUCACCUGCUGCUUAUUUUCAUCGACAACUCACCACCAGAAGCUGCUACAGAACCUGCAUCUGCAUUUGUCCCGUUCCUGCAGAAGUAUGCAGAUGUACGCAACAAUAAGUCCUCAGUGUUAAAGCUAGAACUUAAGGAAAUACGAGAGCAGCAGGACCUACUUUUUCGCUUCAUGAACUUUCUUAAGCAAGAGGGAGCUGUUCAUGUCCUCCAAUUCUGCCUGACUGUGGAAGAGUUCAACGAUAAGAUUCUUCGUCCAGAACUUUCAGAUGCUGAAAAGCUAAUGCUACAUGAAGAGGUUAUAAAGAUAUAUGACACAUACUGCCUCGAUGAAAGCGUGGACAAAAUUCGCUUUGACCCCUUUAUUGUUGAGGAGAUCAAAAACAUUGCAGAGGGUUCGUAUGCUGACGUUGUGAAACUGCAGACUAUGCGGUGUCUAUUUGAGGCCUAUGAGCAUGUUCUCUCACUGCUGGAGAAUGUCUUUACCCCCAUGUUUUGCCACAGUGAUGAGUAUUUUAGACAGCUUCUGAGAGGAGCUGAGUCCCCAACCAGGAAUUCUAGACUUGGCAGAAAUAGCGUCAGUUUGGAUGACAUCCGGAACACAUCAAAGCGAGGAGAAUCCUUUGGUAUUAGUCGCAUCGGCAAUAAGAUUAAGGGGGUUUUCAAGAGUACCACCAUGGAAGGGGCCAUGUUGCCUUCCUAUGGACUGGCAGAGGGAGAGGAUGACAUGGUGGAGGAGGCGAUCAUGGUUAUGGAGGAUGACUUGCCGUUAGAGGCCAUUAGUACACCGAAUACGCCUCGUGACCUGACUGCCUGGAGCAUCACUAUUCCCUAUGUGGACUUGUUUGAUGAUGAGGUCAAGAAGGAGAGGAUUCCAGUGUACUGCAUAGAUGUGGAGAGGAAUGACAGGAGAGCAGUGGGUCAUGAGCCAGAACAUUGGUCUGUGUACAGAAGAUACCUAGAAUUUUAUGUUCUAGAGUCUAAACUCACAGAGUUUCAUGGCUCAUUUCCUGAUGCACAGCUUCCUUCCAAGAGGAUAAUUGGACCUAAAAACUAUGAGUUUUUAACAUCAAAGCGUGAGGAAUUUCAGGAAUACCUGCAGAAACUUCUGCAACAUCCUGAGCUGAGUAACAGCCAGCUGCUGGCGGACUUCCUCUCCCCUCACAGUGUGGGGUCUCAGUUUCUCGACAAGAUGUUACCUGAUGUCAAUCUUGGGAAGAUUAUCAAAUCUGUGCCUAGCAAACUAAUCAAAGAGAGAGGACAGCACCUAGAGCCGUUCAUUCAGGCAUUCUUUAAUUCCUGUGAGUCUCCGAAGCCCAAGCCCAGCCGACCUGAACUCACGAUACUCAGUCCUACAUCUGAGAAUGACAAAAAGCUCUUUAAUGACCUGUACAGAAACAAUGCAAAUCGAUCUGAGGCUACAGAGAAGAGGCACAACCAAAACUACUUUAUGGAGAUGAUCACUGUGGAAGGAAUUUAUGAUUAUUUAAUGUUUCUAGGACGUGUGGUGUUUCAUAUACCUGACUGGUUACAUCACCUUUUAAUGGGUGGACGAAUUCUAUUUAAAAAUACUCUGGAAGCCUAUACUGACUGCUACCUGCAAAACAAACUAGACCAGCUGUUUCAGGAGCACCGCGUGGUUUCACUCAUCACUCUGCUCAGAGAUGCUGUUUUUUGUGAGAACAGUGAACCUCGCCCUAAUGAAGACAAGCAAAAAAGGGCCAAGAAGACAUUUGAGGAAAUGAAAAACUACAUUCCAGAUAUUCUUGGUAAAUGUAUUGGAGAGGAAGCAAAGUAUGAGGGAAUAAAGCUUCUUUUUGAUGGACUUCAGCAGCCAAUUCUCAAUAAGCAGUUGACAUAUAUCCUGCUCGAUAUAGUCAUUCUGGAGCUUUUCCCUGAGUUAAACAAAGUACAGAGAGAAACUUCUGUCACAGCUCCAUGGAUGUAGAAAAACUAUCAAGGAUGUUUUCUGCUCGUGCAGCAUCCUGCAUUAAUGUCAAACAAACCACAAAGACGUGUGUAUAUGUAUUUCGCACAAACCUAAUGCACUGUUUACUGGUAUGUUUACACAAGCAUGAAGUUUUUUUAAUUUAUUGCUGUUGUAGGGUGACUAUACUGGCUGAACAUGCUUGCAUUUAUUGUCUGUUUAUUAGGAUUUUAACAUCAUGUUUUACAUUUUACUUUGGUUACAUUCAUGACAGAAACGGUAGUUACUCUUUACACAAGGUUCAUCAGUUCACAAGGUUAUAUCGAACACAGUCUUGGAAAAUUUUGUAUCUCCAAUUCACCUCACUUGCAUUUCUUUGAACUGAGGGAGGAAACCGGAGCAGCCGGAGUAAACCCACACAGACACAGGGAGAACAAGCAAACUCCACACAGAAAGGACCCAGACCGCCCCACCUGGGGAUCGAACACAGGAACUUCUUGCUGUGAGGCAACAGUGCUGCCCACUUAGCCACCGUGCCACCCAUGCAUUUAUUGUCUUUUUUUUUUUCAUCAAUCUGCUCUCUUGUCACUAAAAUUAAAAACCUGAACAUUCAAGCUAAAAGCUUUAAA